AUGGGCACAUUGGGACAGCAGUGGUUUCCCGCUGCAGAGCCCAUCCGCCAUCUGAGGAAGGUGACUGUAGCACAUGAGCCAGUGUAUGUGCAUUCCCAGGAUGAGUCCAAAGUGACAGCAGCCAAGUCCUUCCUGGACCUGCUGAGCACUCCCCAGGGCUCUGCUGUGGCCCAGAGUCUGGAGGGGUCACUGGCUGUGGGGCCACAGUUCUCCACCCUGGGCAGCCACCCAGUCCUGUGUGCCACCAUCCCUGGCCUGGUGCCCAAGCAAUUGCGCUUCUGCCGGAACUAUGUGGACAUCAUGCCUGGUGUGGCCGAGGGCGUGAAGGUGGGCAUCCAGGAGUGCCAGCACCAAUUCCGGGGCCGCCGCUGGAACUGCACCACCGUCAACGACAGCCUGGCCAUCUUCGGGCCCGUGCUCGACAGAGCCACCCGGGAGUCUGCCUUUGUCCAUGCCAUCGCUUCAGCUGGUGUGGCCUUUGCUGUGACCCGCUCCUGUGCAGAGGGCUCGGCCACCAUCUGCGGCUGCAGCACUCGCCACCAGGGCACCCCGGGUGAGGGCUGGAAGUGGGGUGGCUGCAGCGAGGACAUCGAGUUUGGCGGGAUGGUGUCCCGAGAGUUCGCAGAUGCCCGGGAGAACCGGCCAGAUGCCCGUUCAGCCAUGAAUCGCCACAACAAUGAGGCUGGCCGCCAGGCCGUCGCCAGCCACAUGCACCUGAAGUGCAAGUGCCACGGGCUGUCGGGCAGCUGCGAAGUGAAGACCUGCUGGUGGUCGCAGCCUGACUUCCGCGCUGUGGGCGACUUCCUGAAGGACAAGUACGACAGCGCGUCUGAGAUGGUGGUGGAGAAGCACCGCGAGUCGCGUGGCUGGGUGGAGACGCUGCGGCCGCGCUACACGUACUUCAAGGCGCCCACCGAGCGCGACCUGGUCUACUACGAAGCCUCGCCCAACUUCUGCGAGCCAGACCCCGAGACCGGCUCCUUCGGCACGCGCGACCGCACCUGCAACGUGAGCUCUCACGGCAUCGACGGCUGCGACCUGCUGUGCUGCGGCCGCGGCCACAACGCGCGCACCGAGCAGCGCCGCGAGAAGUGCCACUGCGUGUUCCACUGGUGCUGCUACGUGCGCUGCCAGGAGUGCGCGCGCGUGUACGACGUGCACACCUGCAAGUAGCGCGCCUGCGCGGGGCAGGCGCAGAGGCCGCCGGGAGGCGCCGACCGCCCCGCCUCUGAGUUGACCGAGAGCGGGCGCGGUGCGUCACUCCUCGGCCUAGGAGUCCCGCCUUCCCGACCGGGACCUUCCGAAGAACGCCUGCAGCCCCCGCUCAACCACCGAGCUGUCCGGGAGAAGAAGGACGCCUGACCCUGCCCUGCACCCCACCGGCAGCCCGGACGCUGCUCUGCUGCUGCCCAGCUGUCCCAGCUCUCCGGUGCCCCUGCCGACCCCACGGCGUUGUGAGCUGCUGGGAGACGAGGGCUUCAGCGCACACUCAGGCUGCGGACGGAGGGCCCGAGCCUGCAAGAGAGCGGCCGGUCCAGGACAGCUCUGCUCGGCCUGCCACUGUGAAUUUUUCCCUCCGGGUAGGGAAGGGAUGGGCCAGAAAGGGCAGCUGCCCGUCCUUCCCUGGCGUUGGAAUUGGGGGUGUUAAUUUUAUAUCUGUUGCUGCUAUACCUACCUUCCACUGGAGUUAGACAUGUUUCAUUUUGAUUUUCUUUUCUUUCUAUGAAAGAAAUUAUUUUACUGAUAAAACAUGAGUUUUGAAUAAUGGGGAAAGUUGAAGAAACAACCUAAUCCUGCUCAGACGCUUCGAAGAUGCCCACCAACCCCAGAACUAACUCCAGCCCCUUGGCUGCUUCUGCCUACUGCCUGGAGCCCAUUAUCGUCCCAGGGACCCUGGAAGGGGCCUGGAAGGACCUAGGAACCUGGAACUGACUAGCAGGGUGGCUGCUGCUGUCCUGCCUUUCUCAGGACCACCGAGCCCUCCAGCUCAGUGGCAUCCCAGGAGCAAGUUGAGUGAGCCACAACUACAUUGUCAGAGCCCAGCAGGGGUGCCCCAUGAUCUAGGGUGGGAGGGUAAAGGUGGGGUUCCCUGGGCAUCAUGGGCAGCUCCCAGCUCCCGGGACAAGGCAGGACAGCAAGGGACAGUGCAAGAGGAACACGAGGUCAGGGCAGGGUGAGUUGGGC